AUGACUGCUCGCGGCAAAAACGUGAAGCUCCAGAGCCUUGCUACGGAGAAUGAAAUAUUCGUAUAUGAUAGACAAUUUGUUAGCGAAAAGGGUACUGGUGGGCUCCCUGACCUGCCGUCCCCAGAGCCGUGGUCUCCCCAAAAUCCACCCGAUACUCUUGCGAAUCAGAACAGUUUACAGGCAUGGAAGAACCUCUACAUGGCACGAAGGACAUGGGCUUUGGAUCUCACCACAAGAUGCGCCCAAAUUGCCAAAACUACCCACCACAAUACUGAGCGAACUGAUGUUGUCCAUCGGAGCGUUGGUGUCGCGUUAGAGAACCUGAAGUCGCAUGUUGGUAACCUCGAACAGAAGCUCCAUGAAGCUCAGAUUUGGGCAAAUGAUCUCCUCAAGGAACAACAACAGGCUCUCGGUGGCUGGCAACGCAGCCUUCAGCACCUCGAAACGAUUCCUGCGAAGAAACAAUUCCCCUUUCUUCGACGGCCAACAACGCCAAAAGACGCGAAGGAUGGCUUUUCCGGGACAUUGCAGGAUUACGUUGAUGCGGAGCAAACAAAACAAGCUGCAUCCCAGGUUUCUUCGCUUUCCACCAAGUUUUCGCGUCGCAUGGGUGAAAUUGAAAGGGCCGUUGGAGACGUGGUUAAACAGACUGAGGUCCUGAUUCAAGAAGCCCAACCGCCGCCCAUGGAGAAUACCGGUGCGCUCUUGGAGGAAAUUGAAACUAUCGCGAAGAAGAUUAGUUCUGACUAUGAACAUAUUCUCAGCCUCCCAAACACUUCCAAAACACUUUCGAGCGUUUCUAGAAUGGCACUUAACCAUACCGAAGACCUCCUACCAUCCAUGGUGGAAAUCUCCCUGGAAAUGCAAAAUGGUUUAGUGCAGGCCGUCAGCGAUCGGAACUCCGCUAUGAAGUUAUUUGUGCAGCAUAUGCAGAGGAUAUCCACAAUAGAAUCUAGACUUGCCGCCGUACAGGCUGAGAUCGCAAAGCUCGAUGUUGAGGGUGAUUCUUUCGAGACCCUCUGUACGGUCUUUCAUAUCCCCGUGGUUUACGGUUCAAUUAUGGUUGAAGCUGUUCGACGCCGUGAAUGGAGCGAUAAGAUGACGACAGAUUCAGCGGCGCUGGCCGAGGAACUAGCCGUUUUUCGCGAUGAAGAACAACGUCGAAGGAAAAAAUGGAUCAGGAAUAUGGGAGAUUACCUCACUGUCACCGAAGACAGCACGCCUGCGUUAGAAGUCAAUUUGCAAGCUGGCAAAGGAAUCGAGUGGCCACAAGUUUCUAGAGCCGACGUCGAGACAUAUCUGCAAGAGAUGAAAACAAAGGAGGGAAUGGAGCUUGCAGUUCAAGAAAUAACGCAACUUUAUAAAGACCUGGAUGCGCCUACCAAACAGCAAAGGCGGAGAGCAAAGGCCUUUAAGCAUGGGAGUGUGUUUGAUAUGGGCCGCAGCUCCUUGCUACUGCGCGGGGACGAAAUGGUUCGUAGCUUGAAAGAAGAUAAAACAAAACUGGAAGAAAGGCUGAAAGGGUCCGAAAGCCGUGUUCGGAGACUAGAAGACCUCCUUCAUCGCUCGAGCCAAAUGAGUCGACCUGCCAGCGGACAUUUUGGACCAGACGUGCCCAUGUCGCCGGCGUCACCACGUCCAGAUCCAAUGUCAAGAAGAUCAUCCAUAUCUUCACGGCGAAUGUCAUCAAAUAACCCCCCGGAAGACAAAUCGCUUGUCCAAAGAAUUGUAGCUUUAGAAGCUGAGCUGGCUACAGAGAAGGAGACGGUAGCGAAGCUUCAACGUGAGGCCCACGCAGAACGUCAGUCGACCAUCGAUAAAAUUGAAGAAGUACAGUCCACCAAAAAUGACUUGAUGCACAACCUUGAAGCCAAGCAACGCGAAUUCGAGAGUGAGCGCAAAUUCUUAGUAUCGGAGGCAAAUAACCUGAAGAUUAAGCUGGAAGAAGUGGAAGAAGAGCUUGACAGAGCAAUGGAUGGUCGAGAUCAAGAGAAACACGAAAUCGAGGAGAAGGUGGAGCAGCUCCAACUCGAGCUCGACGAAGCUCAGCGAGCCGCUGCAGAAGCGAAAGGUUUUCGUGAACAAAUUCAGCACCAUCAGUCGGAGUUAUCCGGGCUUAAUGCUAAGAAAAAAGAGUUAUCAGAACGCGUUGAAAGCCUGGAGAGAUUUCAGAAAGAUCAUAUUAACUUAUUGCAGGCUGCACAUCUUCAACUUUCGCCCACUGGGACUCCCCCAACAGAUUUCUCCCAGCUUGUCAAAGCAAUUGAGAUCCUUUCGGAAGGAUUGGCCAUACAUGCCAAAAGCUCGGAUAAAAAGGCAACCGAGCUCGGUGAAGAGAAUCAAACAUUGUCUGAAAAGGUAUCCCAGAUGGGAUCCGAAAUCGAAGCUUUGAAACAGAAACUUGACUCUGAGGAAUCGGACAAGAAACAUGUUCUGAAAAUGCUAGCUCAAGAGAGACAUAACCACCAAAGGGUUCAAUCUGAACUAGAAGAAGAGCGCAGCCGAUUGAGAACCGUGGAAUCCAACCUCUCCGCCGGAGAGACUGGUACGGAGGUUUUGAAAGAUCGAAUUGCUGAAGAAGAGAAGAAGGCCCUUGCAGCAAAUAAGAAGCUUGCUGCUGUUGAAGCCCAGAUCCAUACUUUAGAAAACGAACGUUUGGAGUUGGAAAGCAAUAUUGAGAAACUUGAAGAAUCAGAAAAGGCUUCGAAGCUGUAUCUUUCAGCUAAAAGCGAACGAGCCAGUGAGAUAUCAAAGGCACUCUAUGGUCAAAUUGAGUUGAUGGCAAGGAUGCUCCAGCAACUGGGUUUUACCGUCGUUCUGCAAGACGAUGAGAUGUCGAUUCAACGAACAUCCAAAGUAGCCAGCAGCUUGGUUCUUUCCGAUAACGCGCCAGACUCAGGGCCUCUUCCUUCGAUUGAGAAUCCUGAACUUUUGCUGUGGGCUCAGGCCGAAAGCAAAGAAGAGGAGGCAUCAAAAUAUGAUUCGUUCAUGGCAACAAUCAAAAAGUACGACCUGGAAAUUUUCGCCGAAGCAGUUGUGAAACGAGUCAAGGACAUUGAGACAGUGGCCCGAAAGUGGCAAAAGGAAGCACGUUCCUCCCGAGAGAAAUACCACCGUGCACAGAAUGAAGCCCAUGAGAAAAUAGCCUAUCGCUCAUUCAAAGAAGGUGACUUGGCUCUCUUUUUGCCAACUCGCAACCAGGCCAUACGGUCAUGGGCUGCUUUCAAUGUCGGUGCACCGCAUUACUUCCUCAGGGAGCAAGAUGUGCAUCGAUUGCAUACUCGCGAUUGGCUUCUAGCACGUAUUUCAAAAGUCCAGGAGAGAGUUGUGGAUCUCUCAAAGACCAUGAAUGGUAUGAGUCAAGACAAGCGUUCCGUCGAUGCGAGUGACGGUGCAUCUAUCGAAGAUGACAACCCAUUCGAACUAUCCGAUGGCCUCAGGUGGUAUCUCCUUGAUGCAUCUGAAGAGAAACCCCGUGCUCCCAGCACGCCAGGCCUGGGGAAGAGUACCGUCGCCUCAGCUCACGUCGAUGUAAGAGGGAGCAUCCGGCUGAAGCGGGCAUCCAACGGCGGCGGUGCGACAAGGACGCUCGCUAGGAGUCUAGAUAGUCGACGAAACAGUUCCGCCUCGAAAAAGGGCGUUCCGGUUCCAACACUACCUCGUGGAGAGUCGUCUAUCGACAAUAAUGUGGUGCCUGCAGAAGGGGAUCUGGGUGCUCAGGCCCGCAGAGAAGAAGCACCCAUAUUUGAUGAGGUUCGCAGAGACCUGUUAUCUGGACCCUCGAAUUUAACAUAA